AUGAAGCUCUCCUUCGUCGUUAUGUCCGUGCUCGGUGCGGGUGUCUUAGCAGCCCCGGUCGCUGAAGUCAGCAAUGCCAACGUUGCUGCUAGAGACUCAACCACCGUGCCCAAGGAGGGUUACCGUCGUGCAGAGGGCGAGGCGCUCGGUUUCAUUAUUCCCAAGAGGAAGGCUGUCGCUGGGGACUCAACCACCGUGCCCAAGGAGGGUUACCGCCGUGCAGAGGGCGAGGCGCUCGGUUUCAUCAUCCCUAAGAGAGAGCCUGCCACUGAGGCCGAGGUCAAAAGGUCUGACUGUGGGCCCAACCCGCACGCCAAUUGCUGA